UGCCAUAUUGUCCUCACAGCCAAGCUUGCCAUAAUCGGUCACCAUGGGGCUGUGGCGGAAGGCGCUGACGUCUAUGAAUGCGACGCUUCUGAGCUCCAAGCAGUCGCUUGGCUUCCAGCUAAAGCUGCAGCCAGAAAAGGACAUUUUCCUGUUCAACGCCAAGGAAUCCGUAGCCAACUGGACAGCGUCAAGUGACAGAUCGAUUGGAGGACUGUCCGAGUGCAAGUGGGGCUUUUACAAAGGCGAACAGACAGAGGAGACAACAGAAGAUGAACAGACUUCCAAGAGGCUUAUUCACCACGUAAAGAACCAGGAUAAUGUGCCAUCGGCGGUAUUUACUGGACGGUUGAGUAUGGACUGCCAGCCGACGGAAGUGGGUGUGGUCCGGAGUGGCUACUGCGCUGUGCGGGCGUCUGUGCCGCAAGAGCUGCUGCUUCACGGGUACGAAGGAAUUGCCAUGCGAAUUAUGACCGACGGCCGCGAGUACCGCAUGAACGUGCAAAUGGAGAGCUGGAACCCGUUCAAUUUGCACAUGGGCUUCAUCCGGACGCCGCCCAAUGAGUGGGUGGAUGUUACGCUGCCAUUCCGUGACUUCUUGUUGACGGCCAAGGGCUUCGUGAAGCUUGGCGAUGAGACAGAACUUGAUCCUUCCAAGCUCAAAAGCGUUGGCUUUGCAAUUGCUGACCAGAAGGAAGGCGACUUCGAGCUGCGAAUCCAGUGGAUCAAGGCUGUAGCACAGUUAGGACCAUCGGACAAAGACGAUUAUAACGAUGAUGACGAUGACCGCUACGAUAACUUCAAGAACAGUAAGGAUUACUUCCGGAAGCCUGCAGAUUUAGUCAUUUAAUGCGCAGUUUGCAUCUGCAAAGAGUCGUCGUUUACGCUACUGCACAGAAAAUAAUGAACCUAGUUUUGGCAUAUCAACGCUCGUACGAUCCGAAGGAAUGAACA